GUUGUAUAAGACUACCAUGAUCAACGUCAGUAGAAUAACACAGUUGUUCCCAUUAAGGGGAGCUAUUCAAUGUAGACAAUUUAGCCAGUCAUUUCCUGUAUUUGCUAGCACGAAAUCAGCAGUGAAAGACGCGGAUAAGGAGAAAGCUAAAAAGCAGAAGGAAAAGGAGAAGGAGAAAGCUAGAAAGCAAAAGGACGCGAUGAAGACUAAGCUGAAUCCACCAAAGCAGGCGCCAACUCCUUGGCAGCUCUUCUUCACGGAGGAAUUAGAGAAAGCAAGACAACAAGGCAAAGUUGAAAUCGGAGUUAUCAGCCACUCAGCUUCUGAGUUAUACAAGAAGUUGACAGAUUCUGAGAAACAACCAUACAUUGAACAAUCUAAGCAACUGAGGACGAAACAAGCAAAGGAGUUUGCUGACUAUAUCAAAUCACUUCCAUUAGAUCUUCUUAAAAAGGAGAAUUCUAUCCGUUCGAAGUUGCGUAAACAAGGUAAGAAGGGCGGUGUACAGAGAAUCAAAGAUCCAAACGCGCCAAAGAGGCCAUUAACAGCCUACUUUGCCUACUUGAAGGAUCUUAGGGAGAAUGAAAGCAUCAGACGCGAAGUAUUUGGUGACAGCGCCGUCAGCUGGAUUGAGUCUAGCAUUAUUGAACAAUCAAAGACAGCUUCUGACAAGUGGAAAGAGCUCUCAGACGAUUUCAAGCAAACGUACAAGGAUAGAGCUACAGAAGCAAAAAAGAAAUAUGAACAAGUUAAACAUGAAUACGAAAAUUCCUUCUUGUAAACAAUCGAUGAACUUGCUUCAAUCUUCUCAGACGAACAAGUCGAGAUGGGGUUCGAAUGAGUUUAAAAUUUAUUAUUUGGUUUUUAUUAUAAUGAUACCUAUCAUUUUCUAUAUCCCUAUAGAUAUUUCUAAUAUACGACACAUCAACUACAGCCGAUAUAGCGGUCGUCUAGCGAAUGGAUGGCUUUUUAAUAGAAAAAUAGACCUCACAGACCAGCAAUAUAAAUCAUUCAGGAAUAACCUCCGUCAGCUCGUCUGUAUAUCACUCAUUCACGUGCUGAUAUCGAAACUAAUAAAGAAGAUAAACAAAUUGACAGAAUUAAAUUGCGAUUGGAUAUUAUGUGUAGCUGUAUUACUUGGUUUACAUUCCUAUCACUUUGUUUUUCCAUUGGCUAUCAGUAUAGCCUCUUAUGCACUCUCAAAGUUCCUGGCAGGGUACAAAUACUUUUAUGUGUUUAUUUGGUUAUUCAACAUCUCCACUUUAGUAGCUAUAGAAUAUUACAACGGUAUAUCCUUCGCAUUAAUACACCCUUCUCUUGGUUACCUCAACAGUAGUAAAGGCUUAGUCCGCUGGUAUGUCUUUUAUAAGAUGACAACAUUGAGGAACAUUUCUUUCGCUUUGGAUCUUCAUUGGAUGCGCAUGAGCUAUGGAAGAGUAAUCAAACCGCUUCCGAUGCGAAGUCUUACAUAUUCUGAAAGGAAAAACACUUCCCUCGAAGAGCAAGACUAUGGCUUAUUUAACUUUUUAUAUUACGUCUUUUAUCCUCCACUCUAUCUAGCGGGUCCGAUUAUGACCUAUAACGACUUCAUUCAUCAGUCUUACUUGCAUUUCAAUCGCCCAACAAUGGAUUACACCUUAAAAUAUGCUCUACGUUGCUUAUCAACAUUCUUGACAUUGGAGAUUAGCUUGCAUUUUAUAUACGUAGUCGCUAUAAAAAAUACAGGCGCUUGGAGAAACGACACACCAUCUCAGAUUGCAUUGAUUGGUUUUUGGAAUUUGAUAGUUGUUUGGUUGAAGCUGCUCAUUCCGUGGCGUUUCUUCAGACUAUGGAGCUUGGCUGAUGGGAUUGAAUGCCCGGAGAAUAUGAUCAGAUGCGUUGCGAACAACUACUCGACGACUGGUUUUUGGAGAUCAUGGCAUAGGAGUUUUAAUCUGUGGAUCAUACGUUACUUGUACGUCCCACUUGGAGGUGCGAAAUAUGCGGCUUUAAUUACACCCGUUAUCUUUGUCUUUGUUGCGCUUUGGCAUGAUCUCAAUUGGCGCCUUCUCGUUUGGGGUGGACUUGCGAGUGGAAUUAUUCUACCAGAGCUUCUUGCGACAUAUUUGUUACCCCCACAUUUGUAUAAUCAUAGGUGGUGGUACAGGCACCUCUGUGCAGUCGGUGGUGUGCUCAACAUACUUGCACUUAUGGGUGCAAACCUCGUAGGCUUCGUACUGGGAAUUCGUAAUACGAAGGAUUUUCUCAUCGAUUUGGUUUGCACUGCUGCAGGAUGGAAAUUCCUAGCUGUCGCACUACCAUCACUCUUCGUUGGCGUUCAAGUUAUGUUUGAAUUACGGGAAGCUGAGAAGCGGAAAGGCAUUUACUUGCGUUGUUAA